AUGACGGACUCUCGUGGAAAGCCAGUGUUGAAAGAAGUCCCACUGCUUGUCAAGGGGAGGAUUAACGACCAAGAUGUAUGCUACAAUAGGGGAAAGUUCUUGGGCAAGGGUGGAUUCGCUCGAUGUUAUGAACUUUUCAGAAAUGAUAAGGUAUACGCCGGUAAAUGCAUCUCCAAGCAGUUGUUGUUGAAGAAAAGUCAGCGAGAAAAGGUACUUUUUGUUUUACUUUUAAUGUUUUAGGUAUAUUUUAAACAUUUUAUAAUUAUUGGAAUCUAAGAAUAUUGUUGUAGGUUGUCCAAGAGAUCAAGAUUCAUAGCUCACUUCGUCAUCCUAAUGUUGUUAAUAUCUUGGGUCACUUCGAAGAUGAAGAAAAUGUGUACGUGUUGUUGGAGUUGUGUUCACGCAGAUCGCUGAUGGAAUUGAGUAAACGUCGACGAACUGUCACAGAACCUGAAGCUAGAUAUUUUGUUGAUCAGGUAAGGGAUUCUGAAUAUUUUGUUUGGAUUUUAGGCCUUUGUGUAUCUUGUGACGCUUGUGAAAGUGCUGUUUAUAUUGUAAAGUCUUUAAAGUGUUAUACUUAUAAAAACGAUGAAUUACAUUACACUUGGUAUAACCAAAAGAAAUUUGUAGUUUUGACAAAAGAAUGUUACGCAUUGGCAAUAUUUUUAGUCUUUGUAAUAACCUAAGGUUUUAAAUUGGUUUUUUAUUGUUUGUUAAGCUUGAACUAAUUAAAACUAGGCACAUUACACUUGAUUAUAUUGGUAUAGAUGCUUUUUAAAAUUAUUAGUUUUUUCUUCAACUUUCAUUAAUUAUAACGUUUCAGUUAGUCGCAGGGUGCGUAUACCUUCACUCGGAACACAUUAUUCACCGUGAUUUGAAGCUGGGAAACUUGUUUUUGAACGAAGAACUUAUUGUAAAGAUUGGAGAUUUUGGAUUGGCCACGAGAGUCGAGUUCGAAGGGCAAAAGAAGCAGACACUUUGUGGAACACCGAACUACAUUGCACCGGAGAUGUUGUUGAAAGCUGGACAUUCAUAUGGAGUUGACAUCUGGGCUAUUGGCUGUAUUUUGUACACUUUACUUUGUGGUAAACCUCCAUUUGAGACGGAUUCACUUAAAGUAAGAUUUUUGGCUUUUUUGUUGACGUCUAGGUUAUUUGUGAGAGGUUGGUGGUUUCGAUGGUGCACAAUAACAAAUCAUUGCAUUAUUACACUUAUACUCUAGGUUUUUCGUUAGAAAUUGCAUCAAGAUGUUAUGUUAGCUUAUCUUUUUUUCUAUUUUAACCACGUUUUUAUAAUUAUUUUUUUCUUCAGCAAACCUACUCCAAAAUCAAGAACAACGAGUACGCGAUUCCAAAGAGGAUUGGUCAAGAUGCAUGCAAACUGAUCAGCGCUCUAUUGGCCGCUAACCCAGAGAAUCGACCAAAUGUUUUUGAAAUCCGGUCACAUCCCUUCUUUACUGACGGAUUCAUGCCCAAAGCCUUGCCAACCUCAUGUUUGGUUAAUGCGCCAAGAUUCAAUGUUGAUGCAGUAAGUGGUGGUCUGAUUCCACAUGGUACUCGAAUGAAUUUGGGUGAUCCGGUACCUGGCAUCAGAGGUCUCAAGAUUAUGGACACUUCCUCGCCAAGAGUCAAACAGGUAUGUUGGGUUGGGAUUGUUAGAUAAAGAAUCUGGAAAUUUAUGUGUUAUUGAUAUUGGGAGGGGUAAAACUUAAACUAAAACUUUUGAUUUUAGGGGGUGGGAUUUAAUUUUUUUUGGGAAAAUAUGAUUUUAGACUAAUUUUUAGAUUUUGGUUUUGUUUUGUAGCCUACUGUUAAGUUCUUUUUUUGAUUUUCAGGAUGCUUCUGUUGUCAUUGCCACCACGAGAAAGCCAUGCGAUCAAGAUGAAUACACAGUGGCCGAAAACAUUGAAAAAUUGGCUAGACUACUGGUACCAUUUUCGGAUGAAAAGAUUAAGAGGGAUACUCCUAGUAAGGACUUUUAUAAUAUCUUACUAUGAUUUUCUUUGAUUUCUUAUUAUUAAUCAUGACUAAAAGCUUUUAACUAGUAGUCAUGUUUAUGGUCUGAUUGCAAGCUUGGAAAUCAGUUUUUACUUAUUUAUAUUGUUUUAGUGGAUGUACAAGAACAAGAUCCAGCAGCCGCGCCAAUUUACUGGAUUGCCAAAUGGGUGGACUACUCAAACAAAUACGGGUUAUCGUAUCAGCUAUCCGACGACAGUGUGGGUGUAAUGUUCAACGACCAGACUAAGAUUAUUAUUGAUCGGGUUGGAACGUGAGUUUUUUAAAUUUUUUUAUAAUGAUGUUGAUUAUAUAAGGUCAAAAGUCUUUAAAUUACACUUGAUGUAUAUUUUUAAUUUCAAGUUUUGAACUCUUAAAAAGUAUUGUAUUUCCAGUAACAUUCAAUACACUGAACGUGACAACACUGAGAACUACUACACUAUGGACAGCUACCCGAACACGCUAGAGAAGAAGCUUACUUUGUUAAGGUAUUUCCGUGGAUACAUGUCCAAACACUUGUUGGCAGCCGGUCAAAACAUGAGGAAGUUGGGUGACGAACUGUCUCGUUUGCCACAAAUGACCAUCUGGUUCAGGACAACAUCAGCCAUUGUAUUUUUAAUGACUGAUGGUACCCUUCAGGUCAACUUCUUUGAUGUAAGUCUGUUUUAGUGGACAAAAAAGAGAGAUUUAGUCGAUAUACGGGACCUUGUUUUUGCUUUUUGAUCAAAAUUUUAUGUAAAUCAGAAUUUUUUUUAGAAAUUUCAAUUUUUUGAAAUUUUUUUGAAGUUUUGAAUUCGGAUUUUAAUUACGUUCAUUUCAGGACCACACCAAGAUUAUCAUCUCACCCGCUAUGACAGCUGCCACCUACAUCAACCCGAACCGAGAAUGCGCGACUUAUCAACUACAACACCUGAUUGAGAAUGGCUGUUCACACGACAUUCAACGCCGUCUUUCCUACGCCAAAUCAAUGGUGGACCGAAUGCAAAAGAAACGCCAAGACAACGUUAAUCCCUCCCAAGGCCAACAGGGACCCGAAGCUGUAGAAAUUAAUUAA